AUGGGAACCACCAAGACCACAAUCGUCAAUCGCUCCUUCGAUGAAAUGGGUAAUGUUAUGUGGCAGCAAGAAGCUGCUGAAUUUGUUGAACAAUUUCCACAGCGUAGGCGCCCAAAGGCUGCUGCGCUACUGCUAAGGCAAAGUGCCUCGGCAGGAACUUUAUAUAGGAAACCAGAAACCGUUAUCCCAACCCUAAAUAAACGAGCCAGUGGUGGAGAACUUUUGACACCGCAGCACAGGCAUCAGCGUGAUUUGUUUAGCGGCGAUUUGGGUAUACCCGAUGUUAAUAGCCAUGUAGGUAGUGUGGUCCACACAUUCGAAACCAUGGCUCUACAGCGUCAAUUGGCCGAAAGGCAGAGGAUUCAACGUGAACGGGAACACAGUAAGUAUUUGAUGGAAUUGCUAGCAAUGCAAGCUGCAGCUGCUGCCAUUGCAGCGGCAUCAUCUAAUACAGCACCUGCGACAAUCAUAUCACCAGCCACAUCCAAACGCGCAUUCAUAACAUGUGGCAACUCGAAAAGCACCUCAAAAAAUAACACCAAUGGCAACCCGUCUAAAUUGCAACAACUAAAAAAGAAAACUCAAGAGACACGGCAAAAAAUCGUACAACAUAUUCUACAACAAAACUCCGGAGUCAAGCACUCGGAACCAAAUUUAGCAGCACCGGAACAAGAACUAAAGCAACAGAUUAGGGCAUCUUCGAAUUCAGAGGUUUAUUAUCGUAACAUCGAUGAUGAUUAUCGUAAGAAUCUUUUUGGUACCUUAAGUCAAAGGAAAAUAGCUCCCCUACAGGAAACAAUGCAGGUUUCCAAUACUCUAGACUCUCAGAGCUAUUGUGAAAAUUCACAAAUUGUUAAUCAGGCUUUUGAUGAAAUAUUUGAGGGUUACAGUGGCCUAGAGGAGGAAGAAGAGGGGGAGGAGGAACGCGAGAUCAAUGAUAAUCAAAAGAAUAGUUUAGUGCCUCCCACGGAUCACCAAGCCUCUUCAUGUUUUAUCCAACAAUAUGGAAGACCGGGUGUAACGCCUAAAAGACUACCACCUUUAUCUCAUAAGAAAGCUGCUCCUCCUCCGCCACCACCCAAGAGUCACCACAACCCCUCCUCAUCUGGCCACAUUAAACGUAAAAUAAUGCCUUUUUGCGAAUCGAAACAAAGAUCCUCCACCUUUCACAAUCUUGUGGAACGUCUUAAGACCCAACCUCAAAAAUAUACCACGCAUUUUAAGAAUUUAAAUAAAACUUCCUCAGAUAAUUUUCUUAAACACGAUCAGUUACCUUCAAAUUCCUCCAAGUUUUUGCAAAAAUUCCCACCUCACUUACAUCUUAAUCGUGAAGUAGAGGGCGAGGAGAGUCCAGAAAAUCAAGAUCAAGAUUUCUUAAGAGGUUCCACCCUCUCCCAAUCAUUUGUUCGCCAUUUGAAGGUUCACAAGGCUUCCAAGGGCAAAGCACCUCCUCCACCAAUAGGGUUACAAUCUCAACACCCGCAACCACAACAAACACAAUCAGCCAAACAUCAAAUGAAAACGAGUGAAGCUCUUCGGCAGGUUCUUCUGUUUUCUCGUAAAUCCAAAUCUUCCGGGGAACUAUUGCCCCACUGCGAUUUGUAUAGUACCGUGGAACCACGUAAGUAUUAUCGCCGACUGGAGGAAAGUGUUGAACGUAAUAAGGAACGUUUUAUUGAUGGAGGUAACAAUGGAAUGCCGGUAAAUGUUAAUAGGAAUCAGCAGUCAGCUGAGAUUUGA